AAGAAGAAGAAGAAGAAGAAGAAGAAAUAUGCCGCUGGCUGAUGUAAACAAAGAGGUUUAACAGUUUGCACAAUGAUCCGCUGGAAACAUGAAGCCUGAUGUGGAGAUGAAGAUGAAGAUGAAGAUGAAAGAACCUGAGGACCAUUUAACAGUAGAGACAAAGUGAAGGAUUCAGAUUCACUUCUAGCCGGUUGCAGCUCCAGUCAGAUCCAGCUGAUCCAAUCCGACCUGGCCUGGUCCAGGUGGUGAUGGCGGGCCGAGGUCGUGGGCGGGGCCGGAGGAUGAUGAGUUUCAGUGUGGAGUCAGUCGGCAUCAACCGAGGAGACACUUUACCUCCAUCCAUCCAGCAGCCUACACCUCUGUUUCCUGUGAUGGAACAGAAGCCCCUCCCUCUGACAGGUGGGGAGGAGGUGGAGUAUCUGUUAGCUCUCAAACAGGAGUUCAGAGGAGCCAUGAAGAGUCUACCCUGCUUCAUCCAACCAGCUGCUGCACACAGAGAUGUGGAGCGAUACUCUGAUAAAUAUCACAUCAGCGAGCAGACAGAUGGACAGACAGACUGGACUCCAGACUGGAAGAGGUUCCCUAAAGAACUCAGAGUCCACGUCAAGAAACCUGCCAGAGACCGUGUAUCUGCAGCCGUCUGUCACUCUGAUAGAGUUCAGUCUGGUCAGAAGAAGAAAAGAGUCAAGGCGAAAGAGGAAGUGCUUCUCAAAUUGGAGACUCUGGAGAAGAAGGAGGAGCGGGGGAGCUCAGGAGAGGAGGAGGAGGAGGAGGGAGAAGAGAAGAAGAAGAAGCAGGAGGAAGAGGAGGUUGAGGGAGAGGAGGAGUACGAUGAAGAGGAGUUUGAGGAGGAGACGGAUUACGUCAUGUCCUACUUUGAUAACGGAGAGGAGUUCGGAGGCGACAGUGACGACAACAUGGACGAGGCUAUUUACUGAAGCACCAGCACUGAACACACACACGUCCGCUCUCAUCAGCACUGUAGCACUUUUCCGGGUGAUCAGGUGGGGGUCGGCGUGUUCGUCUGUGCUGUUUUAAAAGAGAGCGAGCGUGGGAACUGUUCCCAGGAGGCGUGAAGACGUCCGACCUCCUGCUGUGUCUUUGAAACGUUUUUAACAUUUUUAACAUCAGUUUUGUGGAAAGAAGUGAACUCUGACUUUCUGUCGCAGCUGCUGAAUAAUAACCUGCAGCUACACGAGUUCAACGUGUUCGUCUUAUAAAACAGGAAGUGAGUUUAGACCGCACACAAACUGACGUUUUGUUCAGAUGAUCAGCUCUCAGAUCUUUUAGUGAAAUUCAUCAUAUAAAACUCAACAUAUUGUCGGUUCAGCUGCUUUUUUUCUAUAUCUGAGAAUCGUUUUUACUGAAUGUUCAGAAAUGACUGAACUUUAAUAAACUGUAUUAUCCAGUUAAUUAGAUCCAAUGUGUUAGAUUAAAUGUGUCCAGACUCUGAUUUAAAACUGAUUUCUGACGUUGUCUACAGCAACAAUCAAAAACCAACCAUAGAGUUCAAUAAUGAAAAGAAUUGUUCUUAAUAAACUAUGUGCAGCAGUAUGUUGUGGACAAACAGGAAAGUCUUACACAACCCAGAACAACCUGAAGCCACCUGCACAGCUCCACCUGCACAGCUCCACCUGCACACCUCCACCUGCACACCUCCACCUGCACACCUCCACC